CGCCCCGCACGAAGUAGGCGCCCCCUAAACAUCUGUACAGCAAAUGAUUUGCAAGUUUUCGCCGCUGAGCACGUGGAGCUUUGGAAACCAGGACAGCAAAUGAGUGUCUCGGAGACCACAAAAGCGGUUCCGGCGCGUGCGAAAGGCGGUGGCUGGGCGACGGCGGAGGGAACGGCGCAGAGCGGGGCGCCCCGCCGGGAGCGCUGCCUGCGUGGCGCCCGAGGCGGGGGCGCGGGGGGCCGCGGGGAGCCGCGCGCAGCACGUGCUCGUGUGGGAGCCGGCCGGGCCGGGGCGGGCGCGCGUGUGCGCGUGGGGCGUGGGGUGUGUGCCCGCGCCGUGGCCCCCGCGUGUGCUGCCGGGCGGGCGCCGGCGUGAGUCACGGCGGGGCUAGCCUUUAUAACGGCCGGGAGGCUCGCGGGAGCCGCCGCGCCCGCCCGCCCGCCGUUCCGCGCUCCACCCAGCGCGCCACGGCCCCGCGCCCCCAACCGCCUCCGGCGGCCGCCCAGUCCGGAGGGCGCCAUGAGGAGCCUGUGCUGCGCCCCACUCCUGCUCCUCCUGCUGCUGCCGCCGCUGCUGCUCACGCCCCGCGCUGGGGACGCCGCCGUGAUCACCGGGGCUUGUGACAAGGACUCCCAAUGUGGUGGAGGCAUGUGCUGUGCUGUCAGUAUCUGGGUUAAGAGCAUAAGGAUUUGCACACCUAUGGGCAAACUGGGAGACAGCUGCCAUCCACUGACUCGUAAAAACAAUUUUGGAAAUGGAAGGCAGGAAAGAAGAAAGAGGAAGAGAAGCAAAAGGAAAAAGGAGGUUCCAUUUUUUGGGCGGAGGAUGCAUCACACUUGCCCAUGUCUGCCAGGCUUGGCCUGUUUACGGACUUCAUUUAACCGAUUUAUUUGUUUAGCCCAAAAGUAAUCGCUCUGGAGUAGAAACCAAAUGUGAAUAGCCACAUCUUAUCUGUAAAGUCUUACUUGUGAUUGUGCCAAACAAAAAAUGUACCAGAAAGAAAUGCUCUUGCUUCCUCAACUUCCCAAGUAACACUUUUAUCUUUGAUUUUAAAUGAUUUUUUUUUUUUUUUUUUUUAUUGAAAGGGAGUUUUCCUUUUGGAUAGAAAUAUAAAGUGUAAGGCAUUAUGGAACUGGUUCUCAUUUCCCUGUUUGCGUUUUGGUUUGAUUUGGCUUUUUUCUUAAAUGUCAAAAACGUACCCAUUUUCACAAAAAUGAGGAAAAUAAGAAUUUGAUAUUUUGUUAGAGAAACUUUUUGUUUUUUUCUCACCACCCCAAGCCCCAUUUGUGCCCUGCCACACAAAUACACCUACAACUUUUGGUCUCUUGCCUCUUCCACCUCAAAGAAUUUCAAGGCCCUUACCUUACUUUAUUUUUCUCCAUUUCUCUUCCCUCCUCUUGCAUUUUAAAGUGGAGGGUUUGUCUCUUUGAGUUUGAUGGCAGAAUCACUGAUGGGAAUCCAGCUUUUUGCCGGUAUUUAAAUAGCGAAAAGAGUGCAUAUGUGAACUUGACACUCCAAACUCCUCUCAUGGCGCGGACGCUAGGAGUGCUGCCGGACCCUUCCUAAACCUGUCACUCGAGAGGACUUCAUCUCUGCUGUUGGGCUGGUGUGUGGACAGAAGGAAUGGAAAGCCAAAUUAAUUUAGUCCAGAUUUCUAGAUUUGGGUUUUUCUAAAAAUAAAAGAUUACAUUUACUUCUUUUACUUUUUAUAAAGUUUUUUUUCCUUAGUCUCCUACUUACAGAUAUUCUAGAAAAUGUCACUUGAAGAGGAAGUAUUUAUUUUAAUCUGGCACAACACUAAUUAGCAUUUUUAAAUCGGUAUUAAGUUGUAAUUUAAACCUUGUUUGUAACUGAAAGGUCGAUUGUAAUGGAUUGCCGUUUGUACCUGUAUCAAUAUUGCUGUGUAAAAAUUCUGCAUCAGAAUAAUGACAGUACUGUAUAUCAUUUGAUUUAUUUUAAUAUUAUAUCCUUAUUUUUGUCACGGUUGUUGUCAGUUUUUAUUAUAAGCAAAUUUCUAAAUAGGCUACGUCCCAACAUGGAUAAAGACCCAAGGUUGGUAAAAUAGCCCCAAAGAUAUGUGUAUUUUCAUUUUACAUACAGCAGAGUUCUGUUUGCAUAGAUUUUAAGGUAGUUCAAAAAAUAAACGAUGCAUAAAUCAGUGAGGUUUUGGAGCGUGAAGGAAAAUGAUGCUGUGCAAAACUGAUUGUAAUCAGGAAUGGACUGAUGGGACUUAAGUGUAUUGACUUGGCAAAGAGUGAUGGGAGCGUGUGGCGCGAGUGGUUAGGCAGGGUGCUGCUAGGUGCUACCACACAGUGAUGCCAAUGUAGGCUGGCCUCAAAAACCCACCAAGUAUUGUAAAUGGUUUCAACGGCGCAAAUAAACAACUUGUGAAAUGUGUUCAAUUGACUAAACUUGCCCAUGCCAACCCACCAACCAUUUCCAAACACAGAAACUGCCUGUCCAUUUUGUAGUUAUUGACUCAGCCAGGGCUUAUGAUAGCACAUUGUAUGUAAUUUUACCCCUUGAGCUAAUGUGUCCCAUAAAUGUAUGGGAUUUUGCUGUGCUAAUUACCAAACUUGGUCAGAAAAGUAUUAUUUUUGGUUGUUUAGUUUGUGUUCAAGAAACAUUCCUCUGUGAGUUUGCUGAAGAAAAUUCAACUUCAGCAAGGGGAAUUGUGAGUAAAGAAAUAGGCACUUUGGCAAUUUUGUUGUUUGUUUUCAUAUAAUGUUCAAGACUUUUGAGGCUAUGUUGGCCAGGUGCGGUGGCUCACACCUGUAAUCCCAGCACUUUGGGAGGCCAAGGCGAGAGGAUUGUUUGAGCUCAGGAGUUUGAGACCAGCUUGGGCAACAUGGAGAAACCCCAUCUCUACCAAAAAAAAAAAAAAAAAAAGAAAAAGAAAAAUUAGCUGGGCACAGUGGCAUGCACCGUUAGUCCCAGCUACCCUGGAGGCUGAGGUGGGAGGAUCACCUGAGCCUGGGAGAUCAAGGCUGCAGUGAGCCGUGACAUUGUGUUACUGCACUCCAGCCUGGGUGAC